AUGGAUCACAUAGGGGCUCACCACCUCCACCAGAGCCACGCCGAGCCCAUCAGCUUUGGAAUCGACCAGAUCCUCAACAACCCGGACCAAGGCAGCUGCAUGAUCUCCGGCUCCCGGCUGCAGGACUCCUCCGACUACGGCUUGAGCUGCAUCGUGAGCAGCGCCUACAACACCAUGACCGGCAGCUACGGGGCGAGCGGCGGCUCGGCCGGGGCUUACCCGGGCGCCUGCAGCAUGGCUUCCCUGCCGGGCUCCUACAACGUCAACAUGGGGGUGGCCAUGAACGGGAACGGCCUGAACUCGGCGGGGGGCGUGAUCCGGGUGCCGGCGCACAGGCCGCUGGCUGGCGGCGGGCACCAGCCCCUCUCCACCGGGAUGCCCACCGUGCCCUCGGUGAACGCCAUGAACAACCUCACGGGACUCACUUUCCCCUGGAUGGAGAGCAACAGGCGCUACACGAAAGACCGGUUCACAGGUCACCCCUACCAGAACCGGACGCCGCCCAAGAAAAAGAAACCCAGGACGUCUUUCACCCGGCUGCAGAUCUGCGAGCUGGAGAAGCGCUUCCACCGGCAGAAGUACCUGGCCUCGGCCGAGCGGGCAGCCCUGGCCAAGGCCCUCAAGAUGACAGAUGCCCAGGUGAAAACCUGGUUCCAGAACAGGAGGACAAAAUGGAGACGACAAACUGCAGAAGAGAGGGAGGCCGAGAGACAGCAAGCCAACCGCAUCCUCAUGCAGCUCCAGCAGGAGGCCUUCCAGAAAAGCAUCAAUCAGCCCCUCCAGGCAGACCCCAUCUGUGUCCACAACUCUUCCCUCUUCGCCCUCCAGAACCUCCAGCCUUGGUCUGAUGACUCGUCCAAGAUCACCAGCGUCACCUCCGUUGCCUCUGCUUGCGAAUAGAGCCCACAAUCCAGUGGUCCCCCCACGCACACUGUGUUACGAGCCACCCAAGCUUCAGCACAGUUGGAAGCAUCCUUCUUCCCAACAGGAAACUACCCCUAUACACUGUCACCCAAGAGCCCCACACUUCCAAUGUGCCGAGACAGCAAAUAUCCUCUUGGCAGGAAGCAGGGGAGGGGGGGAAAAAUAAAGUCACCUGCGGGAUUAUUCAGAUAAAAGUGGCAUUUCCCUUUUUGUCUUUUGAAAGUCUCCAUUACGGACAAUGAACAACAAGGAGCUCCCUUAAUUAUUCCCAGAAAGUAAAGAUAUGUUAGCCCCAUGUCAUCCUCUCAGAAUCCAUGGAGGAAAUCUUCCCUGGAUUCUGUCCGCAGCCAGUGCAGGCCUUUGGUUUCUUUGUAUAUGUUUUUUUAGACUGGUCAUUUAAAAUGAAAUAAUUCCCCCUUCCUUGAAAUGGAGCUUUGACGUUUCUUUAACAAACCCCCUCGCCUCCACCUGGGUCAUUGGCGCAAAAGAAAUGCACAGACUGGAUUCAACAAAUGGACAAAACAGCCCAGCUUUAGUCUUUUGCCUGGUGAUUUCCACGUGCAGGGGAAGUGAAUUCCUUGGAUUUCACCUAGGAAUGUCUCUUCCUCCUUUUAAUUAUUAUAUUUUUCCAGUGGGGGAAUAAGAGAGGAAACUGACGGACCUUUGAAGAUAGUAAGCACCAUAUUGCAAAUAAUUGUAUGAAGAUUCCAAACUGUUUCCCUGGAUACUACAUACUCUGCAUUGAUCAACUUAUAUUUUAAUAACUCUUGAAACAUCUGUGGCAUUCUGCAGAGACAAUGCAGUUUCAUUCAGUGGAUUAUUUUGGUAUUAUUUACAAAUGUUGUUCAAUAUUUUCUUUUACUUCUUUUGCUCUAGAUGUCAGCUUAAGUUGGGGGGAAAUCUUUCACUUUCAGCUGUUUCU